UUUCCUACCCCAGCCAGUCAGCUUUGACCACGGUUGUAGAUAGGUAUACAGACACUGGUACCUACCUAAACCUGGAACUGGAACCUGGAAUUAUUGUAUUUAUUACCAGCCAGCUAGACAGCCUGCCCGACCGCCUACUGCGGCAGUGCGACACUUUAUUUCCAAGGUUGACCGUUGAUGGGCGUCCUCCUUGGUCGAUACGAUUCCGGAUUCACGCCUCCGCGAACAUAAUCGUCUAUGCGUUAUACUUAUCUAUGGUCUAUGCGCAUUACGCACUACUCGCUGUACGCGAAUACGAAACAAAUUAAAUAGGACGUACCUAUUAGGUAUUCUUGGUUUUCGCGCUACUAGUGUACGAUCGACAAUAAUCGUCGUAUCUUCGCUGAGUACUAAAAUAUUCUUAGUUUUGCGUCAUGGAGUUCAAGUUUGACAUUAAGAACGUGGCUACCGAAGAGGUGAUGAAGAUUGACAACACGCUAACGGCCUUGGGACACGAGCAAAAUGAAGACUUGAAAAGCAUAAUGAAAUUGAUCAUUGACGAGAUGGGUAAAGCUUCGGCCAUUGCUCAAGAAUUGAAGAUGCCCAUAACCAGCGGUGACAAGCUAGCCAAUUCCGAUCACAUUCUCUACAUGAUGACGGAACACGAUAAACCUGAACAUUUCAGUGUUGUUGGAAUUUUGAAGAUGGGAUGGAAAAAAUUAUACCUCUAUAACAAAGAAGGCUUGCGGUCAGAAGCAAUGGUCUACUGUUUGUUAGAUUUCUACAUACAUGAGUCCAAACAGCGUAAAGGUUAUGGAAAACGUUUGAUCGAAUGCAUGUUACAGGAUAUAAAUUUAGAAGCCAAACAUUUGGCUAUUGACAAGCCAACUAAAAAAUUAUUGCAGUUUAUGUGGAAGCAUUAUCAACUAUCCAAAUUAGUUAACCAAGGAAACAAUUUUGUGAUAUUUGAAGAAUUUUUUGAUGACGCACUUGAUGAAAAGAAUCAUGACAAUAGUGGGCAUAGAGCUGUAUCAUAUAUGCGACAGCCAAUGUUUGGACGGCAUGGGGCUCAUAAACAUCAUGAUACGAUGGGCGAGAUAGUUCAAGGUGAAGGCGAUGCUGCAUUUGUGAAGUUCAAAUACAACCAGGACACUGAUUUUGUGGAUCACCAGUUCAAAGAAACAAAUCCACAUCCUGAGAAUAGUAAUGCAUUCAAAACUGACAAAGAUGGAAACUCCGUGAAACGAGAUCUUAAAUUUCAUCACAACUCUUUGUGGUAACCAAUAGUAACAGUGUAUCUAAACAAUUGUGCUGGGUUCAUCCCCUAGUUCAAUUGUGUAGAUGUUUUUGUUUUGUUCAAUGUGUAACAGCUAAUAAUUUAACAGCUUAACCCAAAUGCAACUUUUAAAUAUUCUCUAAUAUUAUAUACCUACUGCACUUCAAUAAUAAUCAUCAAUUUUCUUUGUGAGUAAUUAUUUUUUUUUUUUUUUUAAUGUAAUAGUCUAUUUAUUGUUAACAACAAUGCUGCUAACUGUAUAUUGAGUUCUACAUUUUAACAAGGCUGAUAAUUUUGUUUAAUUUUACUUUUUUUGUAUUGGGCUUUUGUUUACGUCUAUAGACAAUAGCUUCAAACAGUAUUCUAAUAAUUAUAUUAUUUUUAUUUUUGGUAA